UGAAACAGGGUGUGGUCCUGAAACUUGCCUGCUGUCUAGUAACACUUUAAAUGAACUCCAGCGAUUGUGCUCCCAAAGUCAUCCCAGCCUCUCUUCUCUGACCUUCUUCCACACACGUCAGCGAGCACCUAACACACCUUUUGAGCUCCUCUUGGAUAUUUGUUGCCGCUGGAAACUGAGCUCCAGGUGAGAAGCUGAAUUGGCUUCCACCCUAUACCGACCUCCUCCGUGCUGUGGCUGACCCAUAGGCUUCCUCCUGGGGGUUGAUUGCCUGCCGGCCCGCCCUGGCUCUUUUAGCUUCUUCCCCGCUAACAGGAGCUGAGGACUCAGCAGGCGGGUGUUUUCAGAAAAGAGUUGAGCAUUCACCAUGCUGUGGGAAGCCUGGUCGAAUAUUUUAGACUUCCACAACGAGCUACUGUCAAAAUGCGACCCGAGGGUCAAAGACUACCCGUUGGUAAGAUGUCCCGUCAAGAUGACCUCCAUCCUGGUGUCCUAUGUCAUCUUGGCCGUCUACGUGGGACCUCGCCUGAUGGCCAACCGCAAACCUUUCAACCUAAAAACGGCCAUGAUCGUCUACAAUUUCAGCAUGGUCCUACUCAACUCCUAUAUCGUCUAUGAGUUCAUGAUGUCCGGUUGGGCCACCACCUUCACAUGGAAAUGUGACCUCAUUGACCCUUCCAGCAGUCCGCAGGCACUUCGGAUGGUGCACGUUGCUUGGGUCUUUUUUUUUUCCAAGUUCAUUGAACUCAUUGACACACUAUUCUUUGUGUUGCGGAAGAAACAAAACCAGAUUACAUUUCUCCACGUGUUUCAUCACUCUUUCAUGCCCUGGUCGUGGUGGUGGGGCGUGUAUCUGACUCCUGGUAGGAAACGUCCCAUACAAACCGCACAGUCAGUGUUAAUCAUGAUGACAACUUCACAUCAAUCCUCACUAUGUCCAGCUGGAGGAAUGUGCUCCUUCCAUGCCAUGGUCAACUGCGGCGUCCAUGUCAUCAUGUACACCUACUACGGCCUGUCUGCCGCAGGACCACGCUUCCAGAAAUACCUGUGGUGGAAGAAGUACAUGACUGCCAUCCAGCUUUUGCAGUUCAUUCUGGUGUCGGUGCACAUCAGCCAGUACUACUUCAUGGAGAACUGUGACUACCAGAUGCCCCUGUGGAUCCAUCUCAUUUGGAUGUACGGAGUCCUCUUCUUCAUCCUCUUCUCCAACUUCUGGGUGCAGGCUUACAUAAAGGGGAAACGACUCCCCGUCAAGGACCUCAAAAGCAAUCAAAAGAGCUCAGUCGAAGGCGACGGUGUGGUAGCCAACGGCAAUCCCCUGCAGCUGAAUGGUGAUUUACACCACCACCACCACCUCACCAAUGGGAAUGUGCAGAUUGGCAAAGUGAAGGAGAUCUAACUCGACUCUACCACGGCUGUAGAAUAACCAAGUCUAAUCUUUUGCUGAUUCACUUUUGUUGGGAUAUGAAUGGCGUGGCAUGGUGUGUUGUUUUGCCAGUGCUCUGGUUUUUCUCGCCACGCUUGUUGUGUUUGUUGCCACACUGUCGUACGCACACACACUAAGUAUGAAUAUUGGUGCUCCCUCUCUCACAUGGAUCAUGUUCCAAUUUCUGACGAGAUGAGCGUGCUUAUAGAAAAUAUAACACACGUCCCACUAAAGACUAGCAUGUGUUGUGUAAAUAACCUCUGCCAAGUUUACGCCAAAGGAGUUAAAAAAUGUGCAUUGUGUGUCAUAUUUAGAUUUUGUUUAUUUAUCUUUUUGAAAUAAAACACAUUUUAGAUAAA